AUGGCUAAAUGUAAUUCUAUAGUACAUCUGAAGGCAUAUCGUUUUUGGUGUAUUUGCGGUUGUUUGCUGGCAGUUGGGCAAGCUGGCGUAAUUGGAGAGUUGCUCGCAGCCGCGCCCGCAGCGGUUGCAGUACAGCCAGCAGCAGCAGCAGCAGCAGCAACCCUUCCACUGUCCACAGCCACGCUCGCGGUACCAACUAUCGCAACGUCCACCUCCAAUGUGAUACGGGGUAUCGGUAAUUUAGGUGCCAUAUCGGCCUAUGCGAAGAGCAUAGACACGCCGUUCAGUAGCGUCAGGAAAGCGGACGUACGCGUUAACAAUCCUGGAAUCGUGACGGCGACUGCUGUACCCGCCCCGGUAGUUGCGGUCGCAAAUACCGCUAUUGCAGCCCCAGUGGCUACAGCUGCUGUUGCUGCACCUACAACACUUCUUACACCUGGAUUGACAACCGCAAUCGCAGCUGCACCCGCUGCUAUCACUACUGGUUUAGCGGCUGCCCCUCUAGGACUUAAUGGUAUAGCCUUGAAUGGGAUAGGAGCCGUCAAGGUCCUCUAAGGUCUACGCUUGAAUUUGUAUUACAGAGCGAUAAUUCGAUUAAAAACUCGAUAUUUUACCAUUAUCGACCAUGAGAUGCAUUCGAACAUUUGUAUCGGAUCGGAAUCGUUGUUACAAUUCAAACGAUCUUCUCUGUCAAAUGUAAUAAUCGAUUAUUCAAUAAACGUACAAUUGUUAUUCUA